AUGCGUCUGAAGCUCGAAAUCCCUCAGCAAGACAUCUCCAAAGAGGAAGAGCGCAAGCUCAAGAUCCGAAAAGCCGCUGCAAAACGCUGGGUACCCAACCUUCAAAGGCCUCCGCCUCAGCUAAAAGAAAUCAACGCUGCCUACAACAAUAAGCUUAUGAGGCAUUACACCGACGGAACUGCAGCACCGUCAGACAACAUCAUCAGACCGCCAAUCAGCAGGUCCGCCCGUGUCGACGCUUUACUCGCGACGCUCCCACUUCAACCGGCACAAAAGCUGCCAAAGUCACUCAGUCAAAUACAAGCCGAGCACCGCGAACAAGUCAGAAUUGCCGCACUUUUGGAGCCAAACAGAAAGAUCACUGAAAGCGAGUACGCGAAAGAAUUAGCGAAGGAAGCUUUCUCUUCAAAUGGAAAACCUCGUGACCGCAAAAGUCUCAAGCGCAAGUCGAGGGUUGUUCCUGAAAGUGGAGGCGAUCCGGGAGUAACGUCAAGGCAAAGACAAAAACUUGCCUGA